UACAUGGGGGAUCCUGUGCGGAAAGCAAUUCUAUUCAAGGGCCUUGCGCGCACUACCCUCUCUUUAGCCCGCGUACCUCUACCACGGAUCGGAUCAUUCACAUUCCACGACAAUGGAACCAUAGCACUCUCAAAUCGGCCACUCACAUCCACCCUUGCUAUCAUGGAAAGCUAUGGGACUCCAAAAGCAAUCGAACCGAAUACAACAUAUGCGUCUGUCGAGCCAUACAUCUCUGACCUUCUAGCUUACCAUGAUCGCCGCUUCCUAAAUCAGCCCAAUGCCGUCCUUAGUCACGCUGAUGGCCAAAGACAGAUGGCCCAAAAGGUCUUAUUAAGGGCAAUUGGCCAUCAUUUCCUACCUCGGGACCUUCGAAAUGGACCAUAUGCGCUCCGCCUGACUGAUCUCCAUCAAAGCAACAUUUUUGUCGAUAAGUUCUGGAACAUCACGUAUCUUAUUGAUCUGGAAUGGGUGUGCUCGCUUCCGAUGGACAUGCUUGGCGCUCCGUACUGGUUGACGGGACUCGGUAUCGACCAAAUCCACGACAAGGCACUACAGACUUACGACAGUGUUUGCCAGGAGUAUGUGCGCAUUUUCAGGGAAGAAGAGGAAGCGCUACGGGGAUCGCAAUCCUCUUUACGUCUUUCGGAACUCAUGCAUUCUGCGUGGACGGAUGGAAGAUACUGGUACUAUUUGUGCUUGACGUCUCUAAAUGGCAUGUAUACAAUCUCGCCGUCUAUCGAAACAUUUUUAAGCUCCAUUUAA